UUUAAGAAUGUGAAGUGUGAACUCCAUACUUACAAAGUGAACCACGGAAACGACCAGAAGAUUCAAAUGAACGAUGACGUGGAGUUUUCGCUCGCGCGAUUGAGAUAGGCAAUUGACUAAAGUGUAAACUCUAUCGUUUAAAACACUAUAAAGAGGAUGUCGCACGAUAAAUGAUCCGAUGGUUGAGAUUGAAAUGAUUUUUCGUGCGUGUUAAUCGGACGGUUCAACAGCAAGUCAACUUCACACAACAUAUAAGGAAUAUAUUUAUUUGGGAUUGUUAGUCUUUACUAAUUUGGUUGGUAAAUGAAAGAACAUUUCAUUUUGUUUCAUUUCAUUACAAACUUGAAUUUCCAGGCUGGGUAUUAAACCGCUAAAGCAAAGAAACAAAGCAGGAUUAUUCUGGGGAAAUUUUGAAUUUGAAACAUGGAGGAUACAUCAUUAGAAGCUUCUGCGUCAAUGCAUGGUGGAAUUAACCAGACUGAUCAAUCGAAAUUUCAGCAUUACACAAAUGGGGGAAUGGUACACUCUCAAGCAGACCAACACGAAUUGAUUCGAAUAGAACCACCUGAAGUUUCAGAGCAACCAAGAGCAAGAAGAUGUCGUCAGGUUAAACUAAGUGAAUCUCAAAAAAAAGAAAGGAAAAGAAAGAGUGAUGUGAAGUAUCGGCUAAAGAAGAAGACAAAAGUAAAUGAAAUGACUGCCCAGAACAAAUCCUCUCAAGAGGAAAUUGGACGGUUGAGUACUGAGAACAGGCGCUUAAAAGAAGAAACAGGACGGUUGACUUCCGAGAACAGACACUUAGAAGAGAGUAUCAGACAGCUGAAAUCCAAGGAAAAGCUUCCACAACAAGUUCUAUUACAGAUAGAAGGCAGCAAUAUUUCCCAAUCAACAAGCCAGGUUGAUCAUCAAAGUGUUCAUGUCCAGAACAAAUACUUGCAAGAGGAAAUUGGACGGUUGAAUACUGAGAACAGACAGUUAAAAGAGGAAACAACAAGGUUGACUACCGAGAACAGACACUUAGGAGAGCAAAUUAGACAGCUGCAAUCCAAGGGGAAACAUCCAGCAGAAGUUCUACCACAGAGACAAGACAGUUACAUUUCCCAAUUAAUCAUCCAACUUAAUCGUGAAACUAACCAGAUCCUUGAAAGAAUACAUAUCACCACCCAGCAUUAUAUGAAUAUUGAGGCUGAGAACUCUGUGCUGAGAGCUCAAGUUAUGGAACUUUCGCAAAGACUGCAGUCUUUGAAUGAGAUCAUCAUUUUCUUAAAUGAAAGCAACAAUGAUGCUUCUGAUGCUGAGUAUACAAGCCUUGCUUUCAUUGAGCUUGCUGAGUCCGAGUAUGACAGCUUCCUGAACCCCCCAUUGAAUUUUCUCCAGAAGCCAAUUUUAGCCUCUGCAUGUAUGUUUCAGUAUUGAUCUCCAGGAACUUACUGGAAUUUGUUCUCAAUUCUUAUGAGUCUCAAGCUAGGACGAAAAUGAAGACAUUGUUUUAGUAUGUUAUUAUUUAUUUAAUAAUGGAUUUGUUUUUUUUUUAUU